AUGUCUUCCAACGGAUUCUACUCCUAUGUCCGUCCUUCUACAUUGCACAUUAUUCAAGGAGCGAUCAAUGUCGCGGAAGGUGUUGCGUUGUCUUGUCACCCAGAUUUAGCCAUCCAAUCUUCAGUCACGUCUCAGAUCGGACAGGUUCAGACUGCGUAUAGGCUACUGGGAAUUCCUAUGAUUGCUCUCGGUCAUUAUCAUAUUGUUGCCAGUACGAAUGAUGACGAGAAAUUCAUGAAGAAUUCAGUAUUAAAUCGAUUACUUGUCUGCGGACUGACUGGAUUGCUCAAGUACAUGGGCAAUGAUGUUCCUAAAGUUAUAUUAUAUGCGACUAUAGUCGACGCCGUUUUCGCCCUUGGUUCAUAUGCUGUGGCAGAUCAAGCGGCUAGACCGAGACAUCCGCGCAACGAUUAG